UCAUCCUCAUAAUAUCCUCACAAAGCUAUCUGCAUAUUAUCCUCACAUAGCUUCCUUCUUUCCAAAUUUAUGGAGAUUUGUCGAAGCUCCAGUGAAACUGGUUCCUUCAGGCGAAAAGGUCUGAUGUCGAAGACACUUCGACGUUGCCGCUCGCUUGGAAGGCAGUCCGGCGGGGGGCAGACCUCGCCGCCGGUGGGAUGGGUUUCGGUUCGGGUGGGGAUGGAGAAAGAAAAGUUCCUGAUUCGGGCCGAGUGGAUGAACCACCGCCUUUUCCGGCAACUCCUUGAUCAGGCUGAGGAGGAGUACGGAUACGGAACGAAGGGAUUGCUUGAGCUUCCCUGUAGCGUUGAGGCGUUCAACUUGGUGCUUUGGGAAGUGGAGCGGGACAAGACGGACAGCGCCGCCGCAGCGUCUCGGACACUGUGUGGGUUCACCGCCUCGCCUUCGAGGUGAGCGAGUGGGCUCCGCGCGUCGCCGCCUGAUGGUUCUGGACUGUUAUGUAGCGUUAGUUGUAACAGCCGCGUGAAGGUCAGCAGAUGGAACUUUUAUUUGGUUCGGUUGAACGGAUCCAGAGGAACAUCCGGUUGUAGGCAAAAUCCCGCCUAUACCGAGGUGUACCGAGUUUUUCCAAAAAAACUCGAUACACCUUGAUAUAGGCGGUAUUUUGCCUACGAUCGGAUAUUCCUCUGCAUCCGGUCGGAGGACGUAAUAACGGCUCCAGCAGAUGGGGAGAUUAUUUUGUGUGUACGUCUUUGAAUGACAUCCGGCAUCCUUACAGAAUAAUUUCGUCUACAGAUCUCCAAGGUCAUAAAAAGAAUAGUGGUAGUCUAAAAAUAGGAGUGAGAGUAUGUUCUGAUUUAUUUAUCAUGAAUAUA